AUGGUCGCCAUCCCUCGAGUGGCUGCUGCGCGCUCGUUGGCGCGACAGCUGGCCAGGCACAACAUUCGAGUCAGUGGCAUCUCUGCCACUCCUUUGCGCGUCGCAGUGGCUGCGGUGCCGACCGCAUCGUCGAGCCGCGCGCCAAGCUCUUUCCGCAACUUUAGCAUCUCUACCCGCCGCAGUGCAGCCGCCGCAGCUGCCGUCAAGGCGCCACCAGCGCAAGACGCCGCAGCACAGUCCGCGCACGAUGGCUCGCAUCAGCCAACAUCAGAACUCACCGAGGCCGACUUGAGCCGCCUCGUUCGCCAGCGCAACGUUGGUAUCUCGGCACACAUCGACAGCGGCAAGACCACCUUGACCGAACGCGUCCUCUUCUACACCGGAAGGAUCAAGGACAUCCAUGAAGUGCGAGGACGUGAUGCCGUCGGCGCCAAGAUGGACCACAUGGAGCUCGAGCGUGAGAAGGGUAUCACCAUUCAGAGUGCUGCAACCUACUGCAGCUGGAAGGCCACCCCGCCGACAGAAAAGUCGAGCGUCAGCGGUGACGCCGCCGACAUCGAGUCUAAGGACCUCAUGGCCAAGAAGGAGGACUUCCACAUCAACAUCAUCGACACGCCCGGUCACGUCGACUUCACCAUCGAGGUUGAGCGUGCGCUUCGUGUGCUCGACGGUGCCGUUCUCGUGCUUUGCGCCGUCUCGGGCGUGCAGUCCCAGACCAUCACCGUCGACAGACAGAUGCGCCGAUACUCGGUGCCUCGCAUCAGCUUCAUCAACAAGAUGGACCGUGCCGGCUCCAACCCAUGGCGCGUCAUCGGCCAGAUCCGCAACAAGCUCAAGAUGCCUGCUGCCGCCGUCCAGGUGCCCAUCGGUGCCGAGGACGACUUUAUCGGCCUCAUCGACCUCAUCCGAUGGAAGGCCGUCUACAACGAGGGCCACAAGGGUAUCGAGAUCCGCGAGACCGACGAGAUUCCCGCAGAGUACCUCGAGCUGGCCAAGGAGAAGCGCGCCGAGCUCAUCGAGCAGCUCGCCGAAGUCGACGACGAGAUGACCGAGAUCUUCAUCGAGGAGCGCGAGCCCACCAUCGAAGAGCUCGCUGCUGCCAUCCGACGCACCACCACCCGAUGCCAAUUUUCGCCCGUCUUCUUGGGCUCGGCCAUCAAGAACAAGGGUGUCCAGGCCAUGCUCGACGGUGUGUGCGCCUACCUACCCAACCCCGCUGAGGUUCCUGCCACCGCCAUGGACAUGAGCGCCUCUGCCACCAAGAAGGCUGCCGAGGAGGCGGCCAAGGCGGCGGGCGAGGAUGAGGAGGCUGCCGCCGAGGCCCGCAGGAACGCUGCACCACCCGUCCUGCCACUUUCGCCUGCCUCCGAGGCACCGCUGGUCGGUCUCGCCUUCAAGCUCGAGGAGGGCAAGUACGGUCAGCUCACCUACAUGCGCGUCUACCAGGGCACGCUCAAGCGCGGCAACCUCAUCUUCAACGCACGCACGGGCAAGAAGGUCAAGGUGCCGCGUCUGGUGCGCAUGCACUCGAACGACAUGGAGGACGUCGAAGAGAUCGGAGCGGGUGAGAUUUGCGCCAUGUUCGGUGUCGAGUGCUCGUCCGGCGAUACCUUCACCGACGGCACUACGCAGCUGAGCAUGACGAGCAUGUUCGUGCCCGAGCCCGUCAUCUCGCUCGCCAUCACGCCCGAGGGCAAGGAGUCGCAGAACUUCUCGCGUGCGCUCAACCGAUUCCAGAAGGAGGACCCCACCUUCCGCGUGCACGUCGACAAGGAGUCGAACGAGACCAUCAUUUCGGGAAUGGGCGAGCUUCACCUCGAGAUCUACGUCGAACGCAUGCGCCGCGAGUACAACGUGCCGUGCACCACGGGCAAGCCGCGCGUCGCUUUCCGCGAGACGGUCGAGAAGAAGGCCACGUUCGCCUACACGCAUAAGAAGCAGACGGGUGGUGCGGGUCAGUUCGGUCGUGUCAUGGGCUACAUCGAGCCCAUGGAGGUGGACCCCGAGACGGGCGUCGACACGGCCUUCGAGAACCGCGUGGUGGGUGGAUCCAUCCCCAACGGCUACAUCGCUGCCUGUGAAAAGGGAUUCUACGAUGCGCUCGAGAAGGGUGCGCUAUCGGGCCACGCUGUCACGGGUGUUCGCUUCGUUCUUGAGGACGGUGCGGCGCACAGUGUCGAUUCGUCCGAGCUUGCCUUCCGACUCGCCACUGCCGGCGCGUUCCGCGAGGCUUACCAGAAGGCGAACCCGGUGAUCCUGGAACCCAAGAUGACCGUCGAGGUGGUGGCACCCAUUGAGUUCCAGGGUGCGGUCAUCGGCGCUCUCAACCAGAGGAAGGGCACCAUCUCGGACACCGAGGUGCGCGAAGACGAGUUUACGCUCACCGCCGAGGUGUCGCUCAACGACAUGUUUGGCUACAGCUCGCAGCUGCGUGGUCUCACCCAGGGCAAGGGUGAGUUCUCCAUGGAGUACAAGUGCCACACGCCCGUCAUGAUGAACAUCCAGAAGGAGAUGCAGGAGGCCUACCGCAAGAAGCAGACCGAGAAGAAGUAG